CGCGUCGAUUACUUCUGUCUAUAAAACGGACACAAUUGCCCAUCUCUUAACCGUAUUCAUCCUUGUAGCCUAUUCACUUUCUGAAACUCUUAACCAUAUCAACCGCUUCGUUGGACUUCUAAGUCCCCUCUGUUUUAAAAAUCUAGGAGACAUUUACACAUACUUAUUACCAGCAUGUUGAGAAGUAAACCAGCUCCAUUGCGCUUGAACGGCAUUGCGAGCCUCACGAAAAGUAAAUUCUACGAGACACCUAGCCCCCUUGUUCACACGCCGGCUCCAUAUUCACCUUUAACACCCUCCGAACUUGUAGCAAAUGCUGUUCUGGUUGAGCGCCAGUCACCGUCCUCGCCUUGGAAUCGUAAUAUUGAAAGUCAUUCUCCUUGGUUGUCGGGAAGGUGCAGCUCAUUAAAUUCUCAAACACGAUUGCUGCUUCCAAAGACUACAAAGUCAUCCAUAAGGUCCAAAGGCAAUGACUCCCAAGAUGUCUCAAGGCAAACAUCACGAACCAAUUCCAUUCAGCAGUCAGAACGCAAUUCAUUCUGUAGUAUGUCAGACAUGAAUGAUGGCAUACAUUACGAAGCCAUUCUCUCGGAAUCGACGCCCAAGAAACUCAGCUUCUUUGAUUCGGAUAAGCAGACAUCCAAAGGCUUUCGAAGUACUAUGAAGGAUGUAUUCACGAAAGUGAAACAUCACUUCUCCCCCGGCUCUAAGGCAUUUGUUCCGCUGACGGAUCGCAAGCGGGAACGCCUAAAGCAAAACAUUCAUCAUAUGGGGCUCACAGAUUUCCAGGGCUGGGAGCACCAUCUUUGCGAAUGGAUAUAAACGACAUCCGAUCACCUCACUCAGUUUUUCGUUUUCUUCUUUCAGGUUCUCUUCUCACAUGGUCGUCACGUUUCCCCUUGUCAUGCUCCUUCCGUAAUCUUACACGUUCCCUUUAUUUUUUGCUACCGUUUCUAGAUGGCUCUAGUAUUAUUCUAAUCACUUGCAUAUGGCCCUAAGCAUGAACUGUAUAUUAGUUUUAAAUCAAACAAUAAUGAAUUGAUAAUUUCAUUUUCGAAAGCCCUUGGGCUGUUGACGCAAAAAUG